ACUAAAUGAAGACUUGACCCCUCUUUAACCCCCUAACUCCGGCUUUGUAAUCAAUAAGCCACAGAAAUUUUAAAGCUGCUUAAAAAGAAAUAAAAAUUUUUUAAAGCUGAAAACUCAACUUGCCCAUUUCCGAUGUCACCGCCACUUUCUUGAUCUCCGUCAUCCUCACCUCAAGGAAGAAUCAGCAAGCGUCACACUCACUCUAAACGCCAACCAAGAUGCUGGACCGUGCCCUCCCCUCCCUACGCCCCGCUCCUCACACCGACUCCGACUUCCCAACCGACGCCUCUGCCACUGACUCCGUGGCUCACUCCGGCGCCGCUGACGAAUCCAAAACCAAGAGGCCCAGCCUUGCGCUACGCUCAAGUCUCGCUCACUCAUCUGCCCCUCUUCCUACAACCCGACCUCCGGAGCCUCCGGGUUCUUUACGCUUGGCGUCCCUUGGUGCAAGUUGCGCGUCUAUUUUACGCAUUGGAUCAGAUAUGGAUUCGUCUUUGUCUUGAUUAUGAAUCGUGCUUUGAUUUUGAAUGAUUUCGGUUACUACACCAUUUUUAGCACCUUUGAUUAACUGUAUUUUUAUAAACUGGCAUUGGAACA